AUGUUCUACAAUCCAGCGAGCAUCAUCCCGGUAUCAGGUUUUCGACUGGUAGCUCUUCCUAAGAAAGAAGAUACAAUGCAACCAUCAAACUAUAAAAUACAAUUCUUCAUCAUUUUAGUGAUUAUUUCUAGCUCCACUGCUGCAGUGUUAGAUUCGACGUUUUACAGGCGUUUGAGCACCGCUGAACUGAAGCAAAUAUUUCACACUGAUUCUUUUGAACAAGUUCCGGAGUACGAAAUUGUGCAGUUAAGAAUGCUUUCAAAGCGAAGCGCUGGUGACCAGGAUACGCAAAGCAUUCACUUGUCUGCAUUCGGAAAUGAUAUCCACCUUCAGUUGACAAGGAACGAGGGCCUCGAAGGAAGAUUAAAAACCAUGAAAGUGCUCAAGGCUAAAAGCGUCAACAAUACGAUGCGGUACAAAGAAGUGAAAUUUGAGUAUAAUGAUUCAGCAAUACCGUAUCAAGAUACGGCCAACAUGGCAGCAGUUACGAUUCGACAUGGAACAGAUGGGAAGUUACAGAUGGAAGGUACUAUCGGUGUCGAUUUUAUCAUAAAACCUGUUCCCAAAAACUUCAUGUUACCUGAAGAUGAGAUCACUGCGGAAUUUUUUCCUCACAGCGAUGGAAGCAGAAGCAAUGGAUCUUACUCCCACGAUGAAAAUUCCACCAACCUUCUCCCCCCAUCCGGAAGUGCCCACGUCGUGUUAAAAAGCAAAAUGACGACAACCUCUUCUGCUGACUUCAUUCCACUGCAUGCUGGCCUAGACCAAACCAAUAGUACAGAAAAUGGAAGUGGUGUUUCUGCGCAUGCGUGGCCGGAAGUUCUGCUUAUUGUGGACUACGACACUAAUGCCUUACACGACUUCAGAGAUGAAGAAAUCAGAAGAUACUUUCUCAGUUUUAUGAACGGAGUUGACUUAGUUUUCAAGAAUAUAAUUAACCCUAAAAUCAGCUUGGUAUUUUCUGGGAUCAUUAUAGCUGAGAACCGGCACGUAACUCCCUAUUUGCAAAGCAACCGAAGAGUCUUUGAUGGCGAAAAGGCUCUCAGUGGUAUGGCGAAAUACAUGUUCUCAACCGCUGACCUCCCUGUUCAUGAUUUAGCCAUCCUCAUCACCAAUUUGGACAUGUGCUUGCGUAUCAAAGAAACAAGAAGAUGCACACAAACGUUAGCAGGAAUAACUUACAUCGAGGGUGCCUGUCACGUGAACCAACAACAAAGAAGGAAUAACAAUGUUGCCAUAGCCGAAGACAAUGGAGGAUUCACUGGAGUCUUGAUUGCUGCACAUGAAAUCGCUCACCUAUUAGGUGCUCUGCAUGAUGGCCUACCAGCAAGUCCUUCAGGCGGGCCGGGAGCGAGUCAUUGCAGAUUUCAAGAUGGCUAUCUAAUGGGCAACUUCACUUACUCUACUCGGAAUUUCCAGUGGUCCAGAUGCAGCAUUGAACAGAUGCGAUAUUUUUUAAACACAUCAAAGGCUUCCUGUUUGUUCAACAACCCAGGCAGCAAUGGACUAACAGACAGUGAGUUGCCUGGGCACCUGUUGUCAUUAGAUGAGCAGUGCAAGCGCCAGGGUGGAUUGGGAGCAUGUCGAAGAGGCAGUCAGGUUUGCGCGGAGCUGCAUUGCUACAUUGCUGAUGGUAGCUGCUUGCCGAGCCUACCGGCAGCAGAAGGAUCCUCUUGUGGUGACGGAUUGUAUUGUUGCGAAUCUGUAAUAUUGCUUCCCAGCACAGUUAGUUACGUCAGAGAAACUGGUAAUGAGCUAAUAAUCUCUGACAGUUCCUUGUCCAGUAGUGAUAUCACAGAAUAUGGUAUUCUUGAAAUUAUAGACGAUUCCAAAUCUGAUUCGCAUGACAUUGCUCUACGAACUAGUCAAUUAUCAAACAGCAAAUAUGCGCGCAAUUCUCGUGACAUUCAGCAGUCCUUGUAUCCAGUGCUUAAUGAAAUAAUGUAA